AUGGAGGUUCGUCUUCAAACAUGCGUGUUGUUAGUGAUCUCCAUUUUGUCGCUCGUAAAUCAGUUCCAAUGUUUGCCCUUGUCGGGACAUAACACAGGCGAAGUACAGGCUAAAAUUCAAGCUGACCGUGAGCUGCUGAACACAGUGACGUACGUUGGAAACAACAAGGUGUACGGCCUACUGUCAAACGAACAACCUGCAAUGCGUGAGGCAAAGCUGGAGAAAGAAGACCUUGAUUCUAGCAUACUGACGAAGCUGGAAAAUGUGCAGAAGAAGUUCGUCGAUAAGGGCAAUGUUCCAGCACUAGUUGAUCAAACACAGCAGAAAGAUUACUUUGGAAAUCACGUUAAGGACGAACCCCUGUACAGAGGUUUCGUUGGAAUAGUCGAACAGUUGUCCAAUGUCUUCAAUGCAGUUGUGGAGAAAGUACCAAAAGGAGCAGUUGUAAAUCUAAACAAGAGCGUGCUCAAUCGUCUCAAUCAAAUCGGUGCCGUGCUGGUGGGGUUAGAGGAUGCGAAAAAGUAG